CUCUUUUGUUGUCUUUUUGGUGAGUGCAACCAAAGGCCACAUAGCCCUACCCUUUCUGAUGCUGACUCUGACACAUAACCGGCACCACAUGCUGAUUGAUACAGACCCAUAGAAUCACAAGGUUGGAAACGACCUUCAAGAUCAUCAACUGUUCUCCCAUCACCACUGCUACCACAGCUACUAAACCAGAUCUUGCAGCUCCUCAUCCAGAUGCCUCUUGAACGCUGCCAGGGACGUGCUGUAUUCAGUGACUCAGCCUUCAAGCACAUAAGAAAAGAAACAUGAAACUGACACUGGGAAUAGAAACCGAAAGCAGUUGGAAUGGGCGGUGACGGCUCUUUAAAAGCAGCAGCUGGCUGGCGGUGCAGUGAGCAGUGAGUGGCAGCAGGAAAUGUGGCAGUCCAUAAUGUUUAUAUAUUUGAUAUGGUUCUGCUUUCUUUGAAAACAUUCGACUUUAUAUUUCAGAUACAGAAAGGAAACUCAUGAAGUAAUGAUUGACAAUUUCUAGAAUUUUCUUUUGUGGAUACUAGAAUCAAGAUCAGCGAUGAAUUCUGCAGAAGAUAAUUUGAAGAAGGCUGCUCCUUAUUAUUCAAAUGAGAGUGCUGAUAGUGAUGAUAACGACAGCGAGUGUGUUGAUAGUGAGAAAAUAAACUUCACUGCAACUGAGGAAGACAAAGAGAGUGAGAGUACGAGUGACAGUGGUGAGGAGGAUGCCGCUGAUCACGAUAAAGAAGCAGCUGUUGUGCGGAUGCUUAAAGAAAAGGAAGAAAGGGAAAAAGAAGUUGAAGACCCGGAUCAUGCUGAAACUUAUUGUAUCUCGACCACUGAUGAAGUGAUAUGGCAUGAAUCAGAAAAUGAAAGCAGAGAUUUCACAGUUCCCCAGAAUAAACUGGAUUUCCAAAACCCUGAAAUAAGAAAACAUCAUGAAAUUCUGAUGAAAUUGAAGCAAAACAUUUGGCCAUCUCUAUCAAAAGCAUCGUUUGUCAGUCUGUUAAAAGACUUUGUUGAGUCUGAAUUCUUUGUGAUAGAUGGGGAUUCCUUAUUUCUUAUGUUCCUAAAUGAGGAAGUACAACAUCUAACGCUAUUUUACCUGAUUGAAUGCUUUCUGCAUGAUUUCACUCAAAAAGGAGCAAAAUACAUCAUUGUUUUCUUCAAGGAUGUAGAACAGAUGUACUUCCAGAAUCCUCAGUUUCUUUUCUUACGUACUGCAUUAAUAGAACAUCUGAAGCACAACACGUGCAUCUCCGUUCACACAGAAUUUUCCAAUUGUUUUUCACCACAAUGGGAGAUUUUUCUGCAGAAAUCCUAUCCAUAUUUCAUCAUCAUAUCUGACAUAGGACUGACCUCUCUCCAAACCAACUAUCUGACUAUUUUUAUUGCUCAUUCACUGUCAAAGAAAAUCAAUGUUGUACAUGCUUUUGGACAGGAAUACGAUACUCUUAGAGUUUAUGGAUAUCAUCUUCAGAGUAGGUGGAAACACAGAAACUUUUUUCAAAAGUAUGAAAAAGAUCUGCGGUGUGCCUGUGAAGCCAUAGUCAGGUACAAAGAACCGUCCAUGUACCUGUAUGGACCUCUCAAGCUGAACCUGAAAAGCAUAAAAAAUGAGGUUUACCAGACUGUCCUUCUGUUGAAAAAACUGUGGCCUGAAGGAUCUGAUAUUCGUCGUGUGAUCUGCGUUCUUACUUGUGCAGUGGGAUUAAAACUGUACAGUGAUGUGCUGGAAAGUACACGUGCUUCCUUGGGAGCAAAACUGGAGCAAUCAGAAAGAGAAAGAAGUAAACCACUAUCUCCAGAAGAAGCCUCUGACCUCUGUAGAAUGCAGUGUCUUACAACAGUAUUUCUUCUGCAUAUGCCUCUUUCUCAGAGAGCUCAGAUUAGGAUCAUGCAAUCUCGCUGGACUAAACAAGUUUUACCCUUAAUAAAAAUGCAACAGAUGUGUGCACAUUUUGUUCUGAAACAGCUACGUGAUACAGAUGGUUGGAAACUGGAUUUAACUUAUCUGCCUGACUUAAAUGAUGAUUCGCUGCUCAGAAAUCUUGCACAUUACUAUGAGAUUGAAUACUCUGAAGGAUUGGAGUUCCAAAAGGAAUUGGGGGAAGAAAUGGAUAAAGAAUACAGGUUUUUAUGGAACGCCGUAACCAAACUGACUGUGAACUAUGAUUUUGGAGAUGCUUUCCCAAUACGCAACACUUCUCAAGUAUUUAUUGAUCACCAGCAGACAUCAUUUAGAGUCUGUGGUGAAAAAAUUCCUGAUAUAGGACUAAUCCCAUUGAAAUCUGAUCUUGUCGAAGAAUAUGCUGGUGAUGUUUUGAAAGACCUACCUGUUUUGAAAAGCGAUGAUCCUGUAGUUACUUCACUUGCUAAGUACAAAGAAUUUGAUGAGCUUCACCACUGGCAUUCUGGCAGACUGCUGACUGAGGAAUAUGAACGAGUGCCAUGCAAUGCAGAUGCCAGGUCCAAAGAUGCAUAUGAAAGAAAACAAAUUCAAAAGCUUCAGACUUUUCAUCGUUUGUACGGAAGCACUUUGGAAGGUAGCACUGCAAAGUUUAUCGUAUGCCAAAAGGAUGCUGCAGGGAAGGCUGCUGGUGCUGUGAAGAAGACUAAAAUACGCAAAAGCAAAGCAGAAAUAAUUAUGGAGGAAAACAACAGGCGACUGAAAGCUAAAGAAGAAAAGAAAGAACAGGAGCAAUGGAAAACCUUGCAGAUACCAAUGGAGAAGGAAAUACAAGAAAAUCUGACAGUUGGAAUUAAUAAAUUGGAAAAGUUUCUCAAGACAGUUAAAAGUAAAUCUGUGAAAUUCAGCAUAGAAAUAUCAGCACUGUCGGCCUGUGUAGAAGCAUGGAAAAAACACUGCAGAAAACAAGGAAGCAAACCUGAAGACUUAAGCAGUGCUGUCCAAGUUAUGAGGAGAAUUCAUAUACUCCUUGAAAAAUAUCAAGAUCUUUUGGAGAAAUCACACUUGCAGAAGCUGAGUCAGUAUCUACAACUUCUUGGAUUUGAGAAUUUGGCAUGUACUCUGACUGGCCAGAUGAGAGAAGGAGGAGAUGAUCGGAGUAGAAGCAACUAUGAUAUUGAGGUGGGACCAGCUCGCUUUCAGCUGCAAUACAUGGACUAUUACUUGCUCAGAGAAGAGAGGAAUGAUCCAGAUCCCCGAGUGGAACACUUCAUACCAGACACGUGGCAGCGAGAGCUUCUUGAUGCUGUGGAUAAUAACGAGUCUGCAGUGAUAGUUGCUCCCACGUCAUCAGGGAAAACAUAUGCUUCCUAUUAUUGCAUGGAGAAAGUUCUGAAAACCAGUGAUGAAGGAGUAGUUGUCUAUGUUGCUCCUACAAAGGCACUUGUAAACCAAGUGGUGGGGUCUGUAUACAGUCGAUUCACCAAGAAACUUCUGGAUGGAUUGGUGGUGUGUGGAGUCUUCACAAGAGAUUAUCGCCAUGAUGUCAUGAAUUCUCAGAUACUAGUGACUGUGCCUCAGUGUUUAGAAAUUCUGAUGCUGUCUCCUCAUCGCCAGAGUUGGACCAAACGAAUACAAUAUGUUAUAUUUGAUGAGAUUCAUUGUCUGGGUGGUGAAAUUGGAGCAGAGGUUUGGGAGCAUCUUCUGGUAACAAUUCGGUGCCCAUUUUUGGCUCUUUCUGCUACUAUCAGCAAUCCAGAUCACCUGACUGAGUGGCUACAGUCUGUGAAAAGGUAUUGGCAAUGUGCUGAUAAUAAAAUAGAAGGAAGCUCUACCGACUCAGAGAAGAAUUCUGCAGGGAAGUAUAAAGGAAGAUCUACAGUAAAAGAACAGAAAAAAUCAUACCGUGUUAGAUUAGUCCUGUAUGAAGAAAGAUACAAUGAUUUGGAGAAGCAUGUGUGUUCUCUAACGGGCAGUGAUUUUGUCAUUGAACAUUUUCACCCUUGUGCUGCAUUAACAGUCAAUCAUAUUGAGAACUAUGGUAUUCCUUCAGAUCUUUCCCUGUCUCCAAGGGAGAGCGUUCAGCUGUAUGACACAAUGGUAAAAGUCUGGCAGAAGUGGCCAAGGGCACAGGAGAUGGAUCCUGAGGAAUUUGUCUCGUUCAAGAAUAAGGUUGUGAUAAAAAAGAUGGAUGUGAGGAAAUAUGAACAGGAACUGAAGAAAGAGUUAAGCAACUGGAUUGUAGUUGGACAAAGACAGAAGGUGAAUGAGGUACUGGAGGACUUAAGGCCCAGACCUGUGGAUUGUGCAGAACAUCACAAGUGGAAGCAGUUUGCACGCUUUGUUGAUAAAUUGCAUGAAAUGGGUAAAUUGCCUGCUAUAUUUUUUAUAUUUGGCUUAGAUUUAGUGGAAAAGGCAGCCAGGAAUGUCUUCCUGAAUUUGCUGGAAAAACAAGGCAAUGAAUGUGACCCUAGAAUGGAGAAGGAAAAAGAAGAUAUAAAGAAGAAAUUAAGGAAAGUGAAUAAAACACUAAUGAAAUCUGAGAACAUCGAUAUCAAAAAGGUGAAACCUAGUAAAAUGGAAAGCAUGGUGAUGCUUUUGUCUAUGAAAAAACAGCUACAGGAAAGACUUAACAAGCUUACUGCGAUCCCUUCUAUGUGUACUUAUGCUGAUCCUAAAGCAGUGGAUGAAGAUACUUUGAGGAAGAUUUUUUAUCGACUUAGGUUUCAGAGAAAUGGCUAUCUGCAUCAAAUGCUGGCACGGAGGGGCAUUGGGUAUCAUCACGGAUCUAUGGCCAUGAGGGAAAGGCAAACGGUGGAGAUGCUUUUCAGGCUGGGAUAUAUCAAGGUGGUCACAGCUACUUCAACACUCGCUCUAGGGAUCAACAUGCCAUGUAGGUCUGUGGUCUUUGCUGAUGAUUCUGUCUUCUUAGAUGCACUAAAUUACAGACAGAUGUCAGGACGUGCUGGAAGACGGGGACAAGAUAUGAUUGGAGAUGUGUUCUUCUAUGAUAUACCAUUGCCCAAGGUUGAAAGACUUAUCAAAUCCAAUGUACCUCAACUGAAAGGCCAGUUUCCUCUGACUAUCUCCUUAAUACUGAGACUCAUGCUGUUGGCUGCAAAGGCUGAUGACAAAAUGGAUGCCAGAGCAAAGGCAUUGUCAGUGCUGAAGCACUCGCUGAUGUCAUUCAAAAGAGAAAGAUAUGUUGGAAUAUUAAAAAUGUAUUUUAUGUUUUCUUUGCAGUUUCUUAUCAAAGAGGGCUACUUGGAUCAAGAAGGUAACCCCGUAGGUUUUGCUGGGCUUGUGACACACUUACACUAUCACGAACCUUCAAACUUCGUCUUAGUGAGUUUUCUUGUGAAAGGUUUAUUCCACAAACUGUGCCGGCCAAUUAAGGAAGGCUCAACUGAUUUCUCGGAAGAAGUCCUAGAGAAGCUAGUGCUUGUUCUAGCAAAUCUGUUUGGGAGAAGAUAUCUUCCAGCCUGCUCAAUGGCAUUUAAACACACGUUUUACCAGUCCAAGGUCUUUCUAGAAGAUCUGCCAGAAGACUUUGCAGAUGCUGUCAAUGAGUACAACACCAAGGUCGAAGAAAACUUUGCUCAUUUUCUUCUGACAACAGCUAAGCUGGCAGAUAUGGAAGAAGAAUACAAACUUCCACUGUCAAAGACAGAUUUCUCAUCUGAAAAAUGGCACAGCACUGAACUAGCAUCUUAUUUGAUGGACAACACCAAACGCAUAUCUGCUGUCUCACCUUUUGCAUGUAUAUCCGGAAUGGUUGAUGAUGAUCUAUUUCAUGGGGAGAAUGUUAAUAAAGCUGUACUACGCUCCCUUGGAAUUAAUGUCAGAAACUGCCCCCUGCUUCAUUUGAAGAAGUAUGAUAAACAAGGAAGAAGCUUGCCACUCAACGCAUACGCACUAGACUUCUAUAAGCACGGCUCCUUGAUUGCUGUGGCAACUGAUAACUGGUUAAAUGAAGGAGAUGCCUACUACCUCCUUAAGGAUUUUGUACUCCUGAUUCAGUCCAUACGAACCUCACUGAGCGAACUGUGCGAUGAUCCCAAUGAUCAUGUUCUACUGGCAUUUCAAAAACUCGGAGAAGUCUACGAAAGUAAAUUUAAUGCAGUCUGAGUCUUUUGGUUACAAUGGAUGACUGUGUGUAGGGUGGGGUGUAACACACAAAAAACCACCACAAAAAACAACCAACAAAAAUGAAAGAACACAAACCUAAAAACCAGUACUACAUCAUAUUCUUACCAUAUAAACACUAUCGGCUGUCUUUUAAAUUAGAAAGUGACUGAAUGUUCAGAUGUAUUUCAUUAUAAAAUUUUAGUAAAGCCCACUAUUAAAAAUGAAAGAUUAGCACAGAAAAUUGAUCUUGUCAUAUUAAUGUUUUAGUAAUUUUAAUGUCUAUUACAUUGUAGCUUCAAUGUAUUUCAAAAGUAGGUAAUUGCACAUUGUGGAACAGGUUUUCUUUUAAAUCAGUGUUUUAAAUUAAGGCAGUUCUCAAAAAUACUUUGAAUGAGUGUAAGAAUUCUGAGGCGCUAAUCUCACUAGCUGCAAGUAGGAAAGCACUGGAAACUUUCAGCUCAUUUCUUUGGCAAUGCAAAUAAAAUCAACUGUUCUAUUGAUUUUUAUAUGGUUUUAAUAUGUAGUACCAUCAUGAAUGUUUGCAGAAGCUCUUAACUCUGACUGCAGCUGCAGUCUACAAAAGUUUAAAUAUAAAGAAGCUUGUAUCAAAAUAAAGUUUAAUAACAUGCUCUGUACAGUAAGUUGCCUCAUUUUUCACCUGUUGCACCCUUAAGAGUAAGAAAGAUCAAAGGCACCAUUAAUGUAGCAUUUGACAAAGUUCUCUGUAACAAAAAUUGACUGAAGUGUUUUCUAUUUCUAUGCUCUGUGGUUGUUUUUAUAGUGGGGAAAAAAGCCCGAACUUUUUCAUGUGUUAACAGUUGUUCAGUAUAACCAGAUUUUUGUCUAUCCGUAGUCUAAAUAUAUAGCUGUGCAUACAGCAAGUACAAUGUACGCUCACUGUUUAGAGAGAGAUUAAAGCUUUGACAGCAUCCCUCAUAGCCACUGAAAGAAGAAUGGUUGGGGUUGGAAGGGUCCUUGAAGAUCACCUAGCCCCAACUCCCUGCUAUAGGCAGGGACACGUCCCUCUAGAUCAGGCUGGUCACAGCCCCAUCAAGCCUGGCCUUGAAUGUCUCCAGGGUGGGGGCAUCUAAAACCUCUUCAAAGACUAUAAACUGAUCAAAGUUAUUAUUGAUAGAGAAUAAGUAAAAUGUAUACACUAAGAACAAUGCAGAAUCCUUUUUUGAAUUGACUAGUUCUGGUGUUCAUAAGCUUAGCACUGAUGAAGUUUUUGACUUGAAAUCUCUCUAAGCAAACUGAAUUCUCAAGUACAAUGUGUUGCAUAGGGGAUAUUGAGAGGAAGAAACAACAUUGACAGGCUGUGCUGUUUGCUACUAUUAACUGACUGAAGUUUUCCUGCAUUUGUUAAAACCUGUGAAAUAAAAAUGAGGAGUAGAACAGAACAUAGCGGCACAUACAUCUUCAAUUCUAUGUGGGAAAAAACCCACUUAAUAAAACUUACUCUUUACCAUCUGGCAAGUUGUGCUCCACACAGGCAAGUCUUGCACAGCCAGAGUAAAACUGCCCUUAUUUAUAUAUUGCCACGUACAUGUUUCCUGAUGGAGUAACCUUUAUAGCUAGCAUACAAUUAAUUCAGUGACCAAAUAAUAAAGUCAGAAUAAACCAUAUUGGAGAAGGUAGCGUGAAUUAUGGACAAAAAAACAGAUUUAUGUGCAUCAGAGAACACUAAUUUUAUGUUGAAGACUACUGUUUUAUAAAGCCUUAGGCACAGCAGUCUAUUUUUUACUUUCAGUAACACAUCAGAAACACCUCACUUCUUUGAUGACUAUCACAAAGACAAGACUUUGUACAACAGCAGAAGAGAACUAAGUCUAAAAGUCAUUAAGUGAUUACAAGUGAUGAAGUAACUAAGGAAUCAACUUUUGAAAAGAUUAAAAAUGUGUUGUCUAUUAAUGUAAUGCCUAUCUGGGCUGUAGUGUUACCAUGACCUAUAGCAGAAGGUCAAUACAAAAGUACUGCCCUGUUUCACCUGCAAACUGUCACUCAACCCCUCAGACCACAAUUUGCCAUGCCUGAAAAGUCAGUUUCAGGACUGUACUGAAACUGUGCACCAACAAUUUCUCUGGUUGAAAACUGCAUCACAGUCUGCUUAUGCACUUGGCCAUUUUACAAUUAUGUCCUUCCACUAAAAGGAAAAGUUUCUAAUUUAAUUUUAAUCACACUGAUGAAACACUGCAAAUUCUGGAAAUGAACAGAAGAUACAACAAAAGUACAUAAUUUAAAGACACUCAGCAGGGUUUCUGAAUACUCCUGUCAUAGAGGAUUUUUUUUUUAUGUAAAAAAAAUCAUCAACCCCACAUUUUCAGAAAUAUAAUGUUCUAACAACAAGUUUGCUAAGGGACUGUAUAUCUCUACUGCUCCUGUUUUCAUUAUAGAGAGAUCCACGAGGACUGCCACUGUCAGCAUAUAAUGGCCUUACAAGAAUUUAACUUAAUACCUUUCUAAACACUUCUCUCCUGUGCAUUCUGAAAAAAACAUACAGAUGUUUUGAGAUAAAAGUAGACCAAUUCUCAGAAAAAAAACAGAAAAAACAUUUAAGGGGUGAACAUAAAGAAUGAUAACACUAACAACACAGAAUUAUUGCCAUCUUCCUUACUACAACACAGGCACCACGAGAAGAUAAGGAAGUUCUAGAAACUGUUUUUCAGCCCAUUCAAUGGAGGAAUGCAGAGAGAUUUCAAGUCAAAAAACAAACAAAAAACCCAACAGAACAAUUGAGAUGCCACUGAAAAAUUUCAAAGGGAUACUAAAUGUUUUGCUUCAGAAUUCAUGAUCUAAAACUUGCCAGUUGACAUAUCCACAUAAUGGGGGAUUUAUGUAAGAUCUGGCAGCAGUUCUUGCUGGAAAGCAAACACUAAAGGAAGGACCUUGAACUUAACACUGCAAUACCAGCUACAUCUCCUAAUAGCUAAAGCGCACACAUCUCUUAGCAAACAGGUGAAUAAAUCAGAACAGAAUGGUGAAUAAAUUAGAAUUAACCCAAUUUUUACUCUGUGCCAUGUUUCACAAAAUAAAAAUAAAAAAAAAAUAAAAUCAAUGAGUUUUGGGUAAUUAAUACUUACAGUUAGAAGUGCAAUUUCCUUUUUUCCUGAUGAUGCACGAAGAUUGAAGGAGAUUUUGUUUUAAAAGCUAUAUCCUCUGAAUAAUCUCAUCAAAACAACAAGUUAGAACUUAUCUACUAGUUUCCAAAUUGCUGGCAAAGGGAACUGAAAAUUAAAUCACUUUUCGUAAAUGUAGCACUGCAGAAGUGUAGCUGAUAUACUUCCAUGACUACCAAGAAAAAUGUGGUAGUAUUCCAAUUUCAAAUGGAUGAAAUUAUUGAAAGUAAACUAGGAGCUGUACCUUCCUUAUCCAUUAAACACAGCACAGAAAGAGAAUACAGUCAAAGGGAGAUCAAAGACGAUUUUUAGUCAUGUCUUCUACAACCUUUAUUUCCCCAUGGCUCUUCCACGCUCAACAGAAUGAUAGUGUGGGUGCCCUCCUAUCCCAUAACCCUAGUGCAAGUGCUACUGUACUGAAAGAGCAAUAUAUUUUGUCCUGCUACUGAGUCUUCACUGAGCCUGCUCUUGGAGACCUCUGAGUUUCCCUACUACUCAUAAAACCCACAUAGCGCUUCCUGGAAAUUGUGCUUGUGGAAGAUCCAGCACACGCGGUCAAUUCUUCAGUCUUUAGGAAGACAUGACAUUUUUCAUUGUUUUUCAGUUUGGAUUUUUAGAAAAAAAAUUACUUCAGAUAUGGUACUUGCUGAUAAGCAGCUAUGUUUCUACCACAAACCUUAACAGGUAAGAUUAUCAUAAGGAACAGCUAUAAAAAGACAGGUAUUCCCACUGUUU